AUGGCAAAACGUAUUGUGUAUUUAGAUGACCCUAAAGCCAAGAGCGGUUGGAAAGUUGUUCAGAAGAUGGAUCAGAGGAACCUGUAUGCUAUACCAGAACUAGACCCAACUGAAAACGACAUCGACAACGUCGCUGACCAACGUUUAGAAUCUUCAAUGGAAAAUGAUGCAGAAACACUACAAGAUACAAAUGUUAUAUAA